UGACUUGAUUCUAAUCUCUCCCGGCCAGCUCCAGAAGCUUUAGAAUUUUCCCUUCCAUUAUUAUUUUUUAUUUCUGAUCAGAAGAAGAUAUAAAUCCGAAUCCCAUAUUUUUGCUGGAAAGAGAUUCCAAUUCUGCUGUUAUUUUACCCUCUCUCUCUCUCUCUCUCUGUCUUGAGGCUUCCAGGAAUACCACUGGUUUUGAUUGAACUGAACUGUGGAAUGGAAGGUAAUAUAUAUCCAGGGUUUGGUAAUGGAGCUCAAGUGGAUGGCAAGGUUUUGCAGACAUUUCAAAAGAGUUUUGUGCAAGUUCAAGACAUCCUAGACCAAAACAGGCUGCUAAUUAACGAGAUUAACCAAAACCAUGAGUCAAAUAUCCCCCAGAACUUGAGCAGGAAUGUCAGCUUAAUUAAAGAGUUGAACAACAACAUUAGAAGAGUGGUAGAUCUCUAUGCCGAUCUCUCGAGCUCUUUCACAAGGUCGAUGGAGCCUUCAUCGGAAGGCGAUUCGGCCGGGACGUACGAACCUGAUGGAAACGCUAGUCAGAAGAGAAUUAGAUCUGGGUAAAUUUGAUCAAAGCUAAGCCUUUUGUUAUAAAUUACUCCUAUAGUAUUAUCUUUCACUGU